UGGUACUUGCAUCCGUAUGGUAUCUCCAAAGAUCAUUCAUUAUUCAGGCUUUUCCGUUAUCUUGGAAAACGCAUGAACCCCCGAAAAUUGUUGUAGGGGAAAUUGCUGAUCUCGCAGUGGAAACUUUAUCAUUGAGGAGACUGCAAAUUUGCAACGGACUGAUCACUGUGCAGUGUGCAGUGUACGCUGUAGGAGCUUAUAACAGCGCAGCUGAGUUUUUUCUCUGAUUUGUCUUUCUCGUUUUCUGUUCUACGUAGCCUUCAAGCGCGCGGCAGUUGAGGAUGGAGAGCAGCAAGAAGACCGUGGAUGUCGGGGGACCCGGAAUGAGCUACGUGGGAUUCUCCGAUCUGCCCAACCUCAUCCACCGCAAAUCCGUCAAGAAGGGCUUUGAGUUCACGCUGCUGGUGGUUGGUCGGGAUGGUACCGGGAAGACGACCGUGGUCAACAGCAUAUUUCAUACGGACAUCAUCAAUGAACCACCGGAACAUGUGGAUUUCUCUGACUGUAAAGUGGUCCUUGACCCAUCGACCGUUGAACUUGAAGAACGAGGCGUGAAAGUCCGUUUAACCGUAGUACACAGUCACGGUUAUGGCGACAGUUUGAACAACACCAGCAAUCCCGAUCCCAUUAUUAAAUAUAUUGAUGAUCAGUUUGACAAAUAUUUCAACGAUGAAAGCGGAAUUAAUCGUCGUCACAUUUUGGAUACCCGUGUGCAUUGCUUGUUGUAUUUUAUUGAGCCAUACCAGCGCGGACUGAAGCCGUUGGAUGUCAAAUUUCUGAAGGCAGUGGGAUCAAAAGUGAACGUUAUUCCUCUUAUCGCUAAAUCCGACACUUUGACGAAACAGGAGCUGGCUGCCAAAAAGGACCAAUUAGCGCGGGACAUUGAGAAAUAUGAAAUCAAAGUGUACCAGAUGCCUGAUGGCGAAGAUGAUGAUGCCGAGUACAAAGAAACCUUCGCGUGCAUCAAGAAGUGUAUGCCGUUUGCGGUGUGCGGCAGUAAUACGCCCAUCGAAAUGAAAAACCACAAAGUCUUAGCACGUGCCUACCCCUGGGGCAUUCUCGAUGUGGAGAACGGCGAAUGGACCGACUGCAAAGCGCUGCGCACCAUGAUCAUAAGCCAGAUGUCCGAUCUGCAAGAAGUGACGCAUAAUGUCCAUUACGAGAAUUACCGGUCGGAACGCCUCCUCAAAGAUAAACUGGGCAAACGGUAUGGAGAGGCGUCAGAAUCCAGGAUGGACGCUAUCGGUGAGCAGCAGCGCGAGCAGGACCGUUUGCUGCGCGAGAAGGACGCUGAGCUGAAGCGCAUGCAGGAGCACAUGGCGCGUCUGCAACAGCAGCUGCAGCAGCAGACCAAACUCGAUGCCAUUCCGGGUCGUGACAGCCGCGUGUAAAUUGUGUAUUUUGCCUUGCAGCUGAUUUUUUCCAUAAUCUGUUUGUUAUUUUCUAAAAAUCUCCGCAUUGCUGCCUUACUGAAUCUUGCGCUUCCUUUUUUGUUUGUAUGCUCUGCCGUUGUUUAUGGUACUAUGCUUAAUAAUUCCUGCGCGCUGUGAAUCUCGUCGGACCACAAUUUUUUGUAUUUUUUAUGAGGGAAUGUUUUUUAAGUCGAUGGUGAAGUGCAUGUUUCCAUGGUGUUGUUUUGUUGGAUAAAAUGAACUGGUUAUUUGCACGG